AUGGCUCUCCCUAUCAUCAAGACAGCGCUGGACUGCUCAGACUUCUCUAAUACCGUCACUCCCUUCCUUCAUCAACUGAGACCACUUCUUGGUCUUUUACUUGAAUCCGCCACCAACCCUACAGCGCUCAAGCAGAUAUACCUCGACACAAACCCUUUGAUCUCGGCUUUCGCGUUCUCUCUCGCGCUUUCUCCAAUCUUUCUCAUUGUAUCCGAGAUCAACAAGAAUUACUCUCAGGUGGAUCGCCUAUGGAGCAUACUCCCGACUCUCUACAAUGCUCAUUUUGUUAUCUACGCACACCUCAUGGGAUUUGAGACUAAGCGUCUUGACACUUUACUUGCCGCAAGCUGUAUUUGGAGCUGUCGCCUAACAUUCAACUACUGGCGCAAAGGCGGGUACACAAUCGGCAGCGAAGACUACCGUUGGGCUAUCCUGCGCACCAAAAUCUCACCAACCCUCUUCUUUAUCUUCAACGUCCUCUUCAUCUCCCUCGCCCAAUCCAUCCUUCUCCUCUCCAUCACAACACCCACCUACCUCGUCCUCCUCGCCUCCCGCCUGGCCUCCUCCUCCGGCACCCCGGUCGAACCCUGGACGUUCGCCGAUUUGAUCUUCUCCCGCCUCAUGGUCGCCUGCGUACUAACCUCUUUCUUCGCCGACCAGCAACAAUGGCAAUUCCAGAGCGCAAAGAAAUCCUAUCAAGAGACCGCCAAAGUGCCCCCGAAGUUCAACCGCGAGGAUCUCGACCGUGGUUUCAUUGUCACCGGGUUAUGGUCGUGGUCUCGCCACCCGAACUUUGCGGCCGAGCAAGCCUUCUGGCUGACAUUGUACCAAUGGGGUUGCUACACGACGAAUAGCACAUACAACUGGACCGGGAUUGGUGCACUGUCGUAUUUGAUUCUGUUUCAGGCAAGUACCUGGCUUACGGAACGGAUCUCUUCGCAAAAGUAUCCCGAAUAUAAGGAGUAUCAGGCUAGGGUUGGCAAGUUCGUGCCGAGGCUGGGCACGGAUCCGAAGGGCGGUUGGAAGGUUCCUGGGAAGGUUAAGACUGUUGCAGAGAAGGUGGGAGAGGAAGUAGAGAAGGAUGCUAAGAUCGCGAGGGAGAGAAACCUCAUCUGGGGUCUUUUCCGCUCCAGGAAUAUCAUCAGCCUUCUUGCCCAUAUCUCCUGCGAAAUCGUUGAAAUCCUUGAAAAUGAUGAAAACGAAGCCAAUCGUUUCUUCAGCCAAAUUGAGUCUGGUGAAGUCCCGAGCCUGAUCGAGAACCUCCCUGCCGAGAUCACCGACCGCAUCGUCGACAUUGCCGGCAUCGCCCUCACGCUGCCGUCCGAUAUCUUCGAGGGCGCCGAAGCCAUCUUCAGGGACACUAUCGAGCUCUUCAACGCCAUCGAAGACGGUUCCAUCGUCGACAGGCUCCAACAAGUCCCCGGCAUGAUCGUCUCACAGUUCACCUCUGGCUGGAACGAUUUCACUAGCGGUUUUGGUGAUGUCAUCGACGUACUCACUUGUGCCUUCGUGGACUGCAGCACAAUAGAGCCGGCAGGCGUUUGUGGCAAUACAAUUACAUACAGUGGAGAAAACUCCACAACCGCCGAUACGGGCGCAACGCCCACGUUCAGUUCGAGUUGGAGUUGGAGUCCCACUCCCACUCCCAGCUUGAGUCCCAGUCCCAUUCCCGGCUGGAGUCCCAGCCCGACUCCUACUAGGACGUACGUACCUUCUUCGACCGCUGGGGGGUUGUUACGGCCGGUUCUAACCGUCCUCAAACCUCUACUGGACUGCCGACCGCACAAACCACCGAAGAGUUUACGGGCUUGGCUCCACCGAUGCAGCUGA